GAAACGUGAGAACUUAUCUGGAGAAUUUUCAACAUCAGAACUUUCAAAGAACUUUCCUGACUCGAGUUCAGACCUCGCCGGUUUCUAAAGUUCAAAAAGCAGAUUUAGUGAUUGGAAUAGUGGACUCGAGUCCUCUAGGCAGUGCCCUUUCUCCAAGGUUUUAGGCACUAGGCAUGGGUUCUUGAGAAUGUUCAAGUGGCCUUCAUCUACUCUAAUCUACAAAUAAGUCUAUACUCUUAGACCAAGGCGAAAGGAUUCUCCCGGAAGUACCGUCCUAUUUUCAAUAUUCGGAAGCCGUUCCACCUCUUCCUUCGAGGCGGCUUUCUUUUAGCCGGGCCACCCCACCGGCAGAAACAUCACCACCCAUGCACGCAUUCAGUAUCUUCAGCUUAAAAAACGCAUGGAGUGAACGAUAGCACGAGCUUUCGUUUUAUAUCCUCUUGCAACACGGUAGCCACGGCGAUCUUAGCCUAAAAAACACGGGUCACGAUGCACCCGUGCGAAGGUAGGUCAAACUUUGAAAUAUGUGUCGUUAGAGUCAUUGACUGACCUGCUGAAUUUCUUGCUUGCGAUUUCAGGCUCGUGUCGAAUUUGAUACAGCAAUGGAGUGAAGGCGUCAUUGAAGGUCGAGGUCUUAUUGCAAAGCCUCGAUGCAGGGUAAAAUACCCUCCCAUGACAUCUGAACCUUCCAUCGGAUGUAAUUUUAGUUUCAGAGGCUUGAUGCGGGGUGGACACUCUGAAGCACGUGACAUUUUGCGCAUGGGAACGGGGGCAGAGAUCGCAGGCUAAAGUGAGAUGGAUGAGGCAAUUAAGUCGUGCAUCUCGGAACAGAGUCCAGGGAUAGAAACUAAUGCCGCAUGUUUCUUUCUUCCGUGCAUUAGAAUUGGCAGUGGCUCCUCCAGAUCACCAAAACACGAGCAGGAUAUGAAGGCGAGAGAGGAGCCUCCUGAAAUUGUACAAGAGAGGCACAGACAGAAUGGGAACGACGACGAUGAGGAGCACCACGAUUUUCCAUCUUCGCAGGAGCUCAUUGAAGCUGCUCAGAGUGGUGAUGAGGCCAGACUGGAGUCCGUGUUGGCGGCGCCUCAGGUGAAUGUGAACGCAAAGGAGCCCAACUCCUCAGCUUUCACAGCUCUGCAUCAUGCAGCGCGAGCGAACGACGACCGAGUGCUGAAGCUGCUCCUCUCUUGUCCAGACAUAGACGUCGACGCUCGAGACGGAUUGAGCCGAACUCCUCUGAUGCUUGCAUCCGAGCUCGGUCACAUUCACGCCGUGGAGCUUCUCCUGCAACAGCGAGCAGACCUGCUGAUUUGUGACAAAGCAGGCUUCAAUUGUCUACAUCUGGCAGCUCGCGGAGGCCACUCGGAUGUCAUCACUCUGCUCCUCGAAGACCAAGAUUUCGACGGAUUCUGGAAUAAAGGCGUCAAUGAAUCUCGCCAGGAAUCGGCGGCGGCAAUCACCAAGGUCAAUUCCGGUAGAAUCUUCUCCUUUCCUCUGUCAAUCCGCCUCCAGCUCAUGGAAGAGAAGACCAGCGAAGCCAAGUUCACCGCUCUGCACAUGGCCGCAAAAGGUGGGCACGUCUCCAUAGCAGUGCAGUUGUUGAGAGCCUACAUGACAUUGACGCUCAAGGGGAGCGGAUUCAAGAACUACCCUCGAGACCACGACCUGAUGGGCAGAUUUUUGGAUCACGUCAAAAUCGUGGUGUCGACGAUACAUUCAUCGGAGUCGGAAGAAUGCACAGCUUCCAACAAUGGCGCUUCCAUCAGCCACAAACUGAAGAGCUACUGGGUCUCUCGUCCGGGAGACGAAUGGCGACGAGAAUUCUCGCAAAUGUUGCACAUCGAGCGGAACGACGUCGACCUGCGCGUGGAAAGACUCGCGCACGUCUUCGGAAGAACGAUCUCGUACGCGAAUUCCGCCGACAGCGCGAGGCGAACGGUCUUGCACAUCGUCGCGCUCAAGGGGGCCCCGCGGCCAAGAUCGGCGCGGGACGCGGCCCGGUGCACCGGCUGCGCCAUCGAGCGCCUGCUGGAGCUGGGCGCGCUGAACGUGAACGUGCCGGACAUCGACGGCAACACGCCCCUCCACCUGGCGGGCGAGGUCGACAACAUCUGCCUCGUCCGCCACGCUCUGGACGCGGGCCUGGUCCCGAACCUCGGAGCUUCGAACUGGGACGGGCACAUGCCGCUCAGAUCCGCCUUCUCGCACAAGCUGCCUCUGUACAGGGCUCCCGGCAAGGCGCCGUGGACCACCGUGUCGAGCCACAAUCUGCUCUGCGGCUCCUUCGGGCGGCUCCGCGGGCUCCGAGGCUGGGAGCCCGACAGCCGCUCGGUGUCGGAGCUGCUGGAGCGGGAAGUGAUUGUGAGGCUCGGCGAGCUGGAGGGCCCGGAUCGCGGGCUGCUGAGAGCGGGAUCGGAGAUGCUGUGGUCGCUGAAGGAGCUACUGGAGCGGCGUCGCAUCGCGGAGGACGAGGAUCGGACGCUGCGCAAAGGGCUGGAGCUGGACGACCACUACGGCGGGCUCACGCUCCUGCACUACGCCGCGUUCCGCGGCUUCCCCAAGGAGAUGCAGCGGCUUCUCAAGCUGCCCAAGUUCCGGAACCUGGCCAACAUGGGCUCGCACGGAACCGGACAGAGCGCGCUCCAUCUGGCCGUCAUCGAGGGCCAGAAGGAGGUCGUCAAGCUGCUGCUGAGCCAGCGCCGGCAGCUCAAGCUCCGGACCGCGGAAGAGGACGCGUUCGACCGGUCGCCGCUGGAGCUCGCCCGCGCCAGCCGAGCCUUCUACCAGGCCGAAGCGGCCGACGCGGCGGACGCCGAGCUCUGGAGCCGGAAGGUGGACGACCUGAAAGACAUCGAGAAGAUGCUCCUGGACGACGUCGACGUCCGGCAGUCGGUCCAGCGCCUGGUGAGCUUGCGCCGCGACUACGUGGCCACCACGAACGCCAACGUGGUCGGAGCCGCGCUCAUCGCCUGCGUCACCUACGGCGGCUGGCUCCAGCCGCCGCUGGGCUUACAGCAGCUGAGCUUCGUCCCGGCGCAGUCGGCGACCGCGCCGGGCAUCAUCCCCUUGGCCUUCGCCGCCAUCGAGUACGACAGCGUCCAAUGCUUCUGGGUGCUCAACAGCCUCGCCUUCUUCGCGGCCGCGGCGACUGUGGUCUCUGGCGCUGGCGCGCUACUGCGGGCCGCCACAGUCACCAAAACCUCCAUGUACUGCGUCGCCGACGACGUGAAGCACGUCCAAGCGUCGUUCCUGCGGACGUCGUUGCUGCUGGUGCUGGCCGUAUCGUGCCUCCUGGGCGGCUUCGGGGCUGCCGGAUUCGCAGUCCUGCCGCCCGUGCUCAAAUAUCAGGCCGCGAUGAUCGUCCCCAUCUCGUUCGGGAGCAUCCUCUGCUUGGUCUGCCUCUACGCCUUUCUCCACCGGUUCGCGCACCUUCUCCCUAGGCGGCUGCGACGGAAACUGGCCCGAUGGAGGCUCGGUCCCAAGCCGCCGCCCCGACGCUCGUCGGCAGUCACGAGCAGCUACAGCUCAUUCGAGCACGGCCUGUAUCAUAGAUCGAGUUGGAGCAUUCUCGGAGCUUGAGAUGCUUCUCCGCAGUCCGGGUCUCUUGAAUUUCGCUUGCAUAGAUCUAUGUCGCCCGAGAUUCCUCAGAUUCGGCACCUUCAGACUCUUUCAUGCACGGCGGUCCCAAGAUCCGUCUGGGUCCUUGCUGAAUUGAGACACAUAACAUUCUUCACCGUCAAACUAUGCGCACACAGUAUGAUCCGGCAGGAUAAAUGCUCAACUAGCGAAUGUUUCCGAUUGUUGUCAUAUGAUCGCAUCUGAUCUCUCGAUGGCCGGAACUACUACACUUACUACACUCCACUCUCGUCAGCCCGGACAACGGCCUUUGGUGCAUACAGCUCAUUUUGUUGUAAGUAUUGUUGGUAAUUGAAAUUUCAGUCCAGGCGCUGGUUUAUGAUUCAUGGCUGACGUUUACGUGCUCUGUGAAUGGGAGCAUUUAAUGUAGUGAAGAUGUGUGCGGACUAUUGAAACUUCAAAACUAUUCCGGAAUUCUUGUAAUUAAAGUACGACCUUUUUAGAACAUUCAUGACGACUAGAAACCAACAAGAAAUGGUUACCCGACAACCCCUUGAGGCCAUUUAUCUUGAACUAAAAUAAUUUAGCUGAAAAAUCUCU